AUGGCAAAAAAGGGACCACAACCAAGUGAUAAAAGCAAAGCUAAAGCUAAAGCUAAAUCAGCGGAUGAUAAAACAUUUGGAUUAAAGAAUAAAAAUAAAUCGAAGAAGGUUCAACAACAAAUAAAUCAAAUAAAAUCGGGAGUAGACGGUGGUUUAGCGAAAAGGAAAGAAGCCGAAGCUAAAAGGAAAGCAGAAGAAAAGAAAGCAAGUGAAGAUGCUAAAAGAGAAGCUGCCAAAUUAUUUGGAAUACAACCACAAAAAGUUCCUUUUGGAGUUGAUCCAAAAUCUAUACUUUGUGAAUUUUUCAAACAAGGUUUAUGUACAAAAGGUAAUAAAUGUAAAUUUAGUCAUGAUCCAAAUGUUGGUAGAAAAGAUGCUAAAAAAGAUUUAUAUACAGAUACAAGAGAGGACGAAAAAUUGCAAGACACAAUGGAUAAUUGGGAUGAAGAAAAAUUACGUAAAGUUAUCUUAUCAAAACAUGGUAACCCUAAAACUACGACUGACAAAGUUUGUAAAUAUUUUAUUGAAGCAGUUGAAAAUGGGAAGUAUGGUUGGUUUUGGGUUUGUCCUAAUGGAGGGAAUGAAUGUAAAUAUAAACAUUCUUUACCACCUGGUUUUAUAUUGAAAACUAAAGAACAAAAGAAAUUGGAAAAACUAGCGGCUGAAUCAGCUCCAAAAAUUACCCUUGAAGAAUUUUUGGAAUUAGAAAGAUCAAAAUUAGAUAAAUCAAAAUUCACACCUAUAACAAAAGAAACAUUUGCAAUAUGGAAACAAGAGCAAAAAGACAAGAAGGAAAAAUUGAAACAAGAUGAAGAAAAGAAAUCAGGUAAGAAGAUAUUAACUGGUAGAGAAGUUAUAUUAGAGAAAUUUAGUGAUAAAUAUUAUACUGAAGAAGAUGAUGGUAAUGAAUCUUGGGACUUAUCACAAUUCAAAAAAGAUUUACCUGAUGAUGAUGUACAAAUCAAAGAUUAUGGUGAUGGUUCAAAUGCACAAGAAUAUUAUCAAGAGGAAGAGAAGAAACUAGAGAAUGGGUCUAACCCGAUAAAGGUAUAA